CCCCGCAGGACUUGACCAUCGUUCGGUCCGACAAUUCACCAGAGAGCUCUGCCCCCGAACCUGGGCCAGCUGCCUCCACAAACAACGAACCAGUAUCAUCAAAAUCGCAAGUAGAGCCUGCUCCGUCGAAGCGGAACAGUCGCGGUGGAGCGGGCCGGCGAGGGAUGGACCCAGCUGCACUGCUCUUCGGCGCGGCAGGCUGCCUCAUUGCAGCUGGAUGGCGUGCUUUUCGAAAGCAGCAGCAGCAGCUGUCCCAGGCUUGUGAGCAGCUAAAGUCGGCCGAGGAGCGGCUCGCUGCCAAGGAAAAGGUCCUGGAGCGGGAGGUGGAAGAGCGCAAGCAGCUGCAAGAGCUGCGGGCGCAGGAGCUGAGCCAGCAGGUGCAGGACGCACAGCGGGAGCUGGAGGCGGCCCGUGACGUGUGCCGUGCUGCGGCGAAUAAGCUGGAGCAGAGCAUGUCCGACCUGUCUGUGACGGAGACGGAGCUGCGUGUCGCGCGCACGCAGCUGCAGGGCGCCGGCCGCGACCUGGCGCUGACGCGGGUGCAGCUGGAGGCCACGGAGGGGGAGCUGGGGCUGACGCGCAGCGCCAACGAGCUCAUGAAGCGCGAGGUGGACACGCUGCGGCGGCAGCUGCGCGAGGCGGGCCAGCAGCUGGAGGGCUACAUCCUGGUCAGCCGCAGCCGCAAGAACCAGGCGGGCGGCCGGGCGGGCCGGGAUGACGUGGACGACGACCUGGCGCUGCCCUCGGACGGAGCCUGGGACUUCUGAGGAGGGCGGCCGGGCGGUGGCGAUGGGACUGGUCACUGGUGUGAGAAGUGGUGGUGAUGACAAGGCGCCUGGGACUGUGACGGCCACUGCCAAGUUGAUGGUUAUGGUGAUGAUGACACGCAUGGGAUGCUUGGCCGCGAACGGCAAGGGCAGUGUUGGGAUGGAUGGCCACAUCAGGCAGGCACGCGGCGCACAAAUGCUUAGUGCGGCAUGCUUGUGGGAGAGACGCUCUUGUGGUGGCAGGGCGGCGCCAACGCGCCCCGCCAGGUGAGGCUGAGGCUGAUGAGGCUUGCCGGGCUGUUGCAGGGCCUCGGGCGGCCUGCCUUACCGUAGGGAUUCGGGCGGCAGUGGUUGGUUGGUUGGAAGGAGACGGCUACCGUAGUCAUGCAGGGUACUGGAAUGGGCACGUGGAAUGGGGGGCUGUGCACACACGGGAUUAUUACAGCAGGCACCAGACACACGCCAAGCCAGGGGUGCGCCAAGCUGUAAUGGCAUUCGUGGACCGGUACUCAUGAGAGGGGGAGACGAGUUAUUAUGGGAGGCCUGUGACUUUCGCGGAGCCCGGCGAGCCGGACGGGUGGGUAUGGGUGCCGCUCCGGGGCGAGCGGGAUGCUUUUGCCGUGGCUACGCGUCUGCGUGUCGUGUGACCCACGGGGCACAGCCCGACGCAUUCGACGCGGGUAAAUGGCAUGCAUGUUUGCGCAAGAUUUUUUCUACUAACGUUUC